AUGGAGAAACGUUUCGCCGAGAUCCGGGCUGUGCAGGAGAAUUGGCGGCGGCUCUUCGAAGACCGGCUUAACCACUGGGAGCAAGGCAACGCAAAUACGAUCAACGUCCUCUACAUCCUCAUCGACCUCGUCGAAGCCGGACCAGGUAUCUUAGAGUCCGCCGCGGGAUUCAACAACCGAAUCAACGACUGCUACGAUUUCUACAAGAACCAGCGAAAUGUCGUGGGCAGGCUUCAAGAAGAAUGUCAACCGCGCAACGACGCAGGCCACGUCGAGCGCACGAACGACAGGGACUACGAGGUAGAGGAAAGACGGUACAGAACCAUGGAGUCCGCAGCGAACAGACUGCAGAAGGAAGCCAAAGGCUAUCUGGACAGCCUACGGGCCAUGACAGCAUCACAAAUGAGGAUAGCCGAGACCAUCGACGCAUUCUACGGCGACGCGGGGACACGAGACGGCGUUUCUCGAUCCUACAAACAAGCAGUCGAAGAUCUGGACGCGGAGACGAUCAAAGCUCUCGACGGGCCAUUCCGAGCGACAGUUCUCGAACCAAUAAGCCGCUUCUGCGCAUAUUUCCCCGAUAUCAACGAAUGCAUCAAGAAACGCAACAACAAACUCCUCGACUAUGAUUCCAUGCGAUCCAAAGUCAAGAAACUGGUCGAGAAGCCAGACAAAGAUGUCACCAAACUUCCCCGAGCUGAAAAAGAAGCCGAAAUGGCCAAACAAGCUUAUGAGCAGCUCAAUGAACAACUCUUGGACGAACUUCCUCAACUCAUUGACCUCCGUGUCCCUUACUUGGAUCCUAGCUUUGAGGCCCUCGUCAAAAUUCAGCUGAGAUUUUGUGCAGAAGCGUACAGCAGGAUGGCACAGGUUCAGCAAUACUUGGACCCUGAUACGAGAGAACAAUACGCCCGUGGCGACUUGGACAAUCGGGUUGAACAAGUACUCUCCGAGAUUCGAGACUUGACAAUCGCCGGCACGGUUUGA